CCCAGUAGUGUCUGCAGAGUGAAGCGGGACAGAGGAAAGGAGAACUGUAGCAGCCAUGGAGCAAGACUUUAAAGAGCUGGAGGAAGGACCAGGGAAGAAGGUGGCGGACAACUGCGGCGUGCGGCUGUGGCGGGUGAUGCCGUCCAACUGCGUCCUCUCAGGGAACUACAUGAAGCACUGGCAGAAGCUCAGGGACUUCCCCGUCACCGACGGAGACAUCUGGGUCAUCUCACAGCCCAAGAGCGGAACGACAUGGACGCAGGAGAUGUCGUGGUUGCUCGGCCACAACUGCGACUUCGAGACGGCGAAGAAGGUGCCCCUCGACUUCAGAAUGCCACACAUAGAGCACCAGGUGAUCGUGCGGUCCGAGGAGGGCGUGAACCCCCUGCAGCAGCUGCUCGACAUGCCGGCGCCGCGCUACAUCAAGUGCCACCUGCCCACGGAGCUGCUGCCGCAGCAGAUCUGGAAGACCAAGGCCAAGAUCAUCUACGUGGCGCGCGACCCUAAGGACGUGGCCGUGUCCUACUACCACUACAUGAGGACGUGCUACGGAUACUCCGGCUCCAUAGACGACUUCCUGGAGGCCUUCCUCGACGAAUCCCUUCCGUACGGCCCAUACUGGGCGCACGUCCUGGGCUACUGGAAGCUUCGGGAUCAGCCGAACGUCCUCUUCACCACUUAUGAAGAAAUGAAGAGGGACCUUCCGGCAGCAGUACGGCGGUGCGCGCGCUUCUUGUCUACGGACGUAAGCGAGGAUCUGCUGCAGAAGCUGGUGGACCACCUGAGCUUCGACAACAUGAAGACGAACCCCGCCGUGAACAAGGAGGGCUACGUGGCCGCCGUGCGCAAGGGCAUGGGCCUCGAUCCGAACGCGGCCGACCUGCCCAAGUUCAUGCGCCGCGGCCAGCCGGGAGGCUGGAGGAACGAGUUCCCUCCAGGAUUCGCCGAGCGCUUCGACAAGUGGAUCCAGGAGAAGACCAGCGGCACCGGCUACACCGUCGGCAUCUCCGGGGGGCACGCCUAGGAAGCUGUCAGACGGACACACACACAAAGACACACACAUCUCAAUCGCUGGCGUGGUAGAACCCGACCAGGAAAACACGAAGCUAUCUGGGCCCUGUGGGUCCAUCACUGAAUGUCGCUACAGACUCACUGACAUGUUCUUACUGACCUCUUCACCUCUGGUCAAAUAAUAAUCUGUUAAAAUGUUUUGUACUUUCGAGAAACAGUCAAUAAAAAGUUUCAAAUAUUCCA